UUUUCCUGCUUAAGUUCAAUUCAAAUGCUACAAAGGGUUAACAUUUUGAGAAACAGAUUUGGUGAUAACAGAAUCGAAAAAUUAUAACGCAUUUUCAUAAAAUAAAUUCAUUUUUGAAAAUAUUCAGGCUUGAUGCUUUAUAGGAAGAGGAAAGGAAAAGGUCCAAGGUAUUGGAAGAGAUGGUUGGAGAUUUAUCCAAGGAGAACCAAAUGCUUAGGAAGGAUGUUGAUGGAUUGAAACUCACUCUUAACAAAGAGGACUCUGAAAGAAUUUUCGUCGAUGAGGAGCUGACCAAGGAAACGUACCAGUUAUUCAAACACUCAAGGCAACUUAAGGGUGUUGGCUACAAAUAUGUGUGGCAUCGAGAGGGGAAGAUCCUAGCUCGCAAGAAUGAUGGCGCUGAUAUUAUUUUCAUCCGGAAUAUUAGUCAAGUAAAUGAUCUACUUAAGUAGCCUUUUAUCUCAUUUGCUUUGAUUGUUUUUUAUAUAUAUUUUCCAUUUGUUGCUUCAUUUUUAUAAUUUAUCAUGCCUAGUAUAAAUCUUGAAAAUAAUUUAAGGAUAGGACAUAUUAAUGUACGAUCACUGAUACCAAGUUUGAACGAAAUUAAGUCUUCGAUAGAUAAUUUGAAGACAUAUUAGGAGUAACUGAAUCAUGGUUAA